AGAAUGGACACAGGAAAUAAUUCUGUAGUGACUGAGUUUAUCCUCGAAGGAUUAACAGAUUGGCCAGUGCUUCAGAUUCCCCUCUUACUAUUAUUCUUGGGCAUCUAUGUGAUUACCAUGGUGGGAAAUCUGGGCAUGAUAACAUUGAUUGGAGUCACGUCUCACCUCCACACUCCCAUGUACUAUUUACUCAGCAGCUUAUCUUUCAUUGAUCUCUGUCAUUCUACUGUGAUCAUCCCCAAAAUGUUGGUAAAUUUUGUGUCAGAGAAGAACAUCAUCUCCUACAAUGAGUGUAUGACUCAGCUCUAUUUCUUCCUCAUUUUUGUAAUUGCAGAGUGUCACAUGUUAGCAGCUAUGGCAUAUGACCGUUAUGUGGCCAUUUGCAGACCCCUGUUAUAUAAUGUCAUUAUGUCCCCUCAGCUGUGCAUUUGGCUAGUAGGUGGUGUAUUCUUCAUGGGCUUGGUUGGUGCCACAGCUCACACAGGAUGCAUGCUUAGACUGUUCUUCUGUAAGGACAAUGUCAUCAACCAUUACUUCUGUGAUCUCAAUCCCCUCCUAGAGCUGUCUUGCUCCAGCACCUAUAUUAAUGAAGUGGUGGUUGUUUGCCUCAGUGCAUUUAACAUCCUCACCCCAACUCUGACCAUUCUUAGCUCUUACAUCUUCAUUAUUACUAGUAUUCUUCGCAUCCGUUCCACUGAAGGGAGAUCCAAGGCUUUCAGCACCUGCAGCUCCCACAUGGCAGCUGUCGGUUUCUUCUUUGGUUCUGGUGCAUUCAUGUACCUACAGCCCUCUUCAGUCAGUUCCAUGGAACAAGGGAAAGUGUCCUCUGUGUUUUACUCAAUCCUUGUCCCUAUGUUGAACCCCCUGAUCUACAGCCUGAGAAACAAGGAUGUUAAAGUUGCCAUGAAGAAAUUCAUGGAGAAGAGAAUGUUAUUGUGA